CACGCUUGUGCAAUCUGUCUGUAGAAUGAAAUUACUCUCUCCGCGAGUACGUAACAUGUUCCAAAUAUGAACGAAAAUGAGUAUUCACUAAACAAAUCCAUAAAGAUAGAUAUAAUCUAGUCAACUUUCUACUAAGAAUGUGCAUUUUACAUAUCGACUUUUAUUGAAGACUCGUUUAAUUUUAGUAGUAAUAAAUAUAUUAGAAACAUGUUAAGUGUCAUUAUAAAUCGUCAACUAUUUAAAGUGAUAAGAACUGACAAGAGUAUUUGGAUUAGGUCGUCAUCUACAUACAUAACCAAUAUUUCAAGACAAAAUAUUUUAAUGAAAGAAAGUAGACUUAUCAACGUUGGAUCAAAUCCUCUGUCAAUCGUAGGAAUAAGGUGUUGCACUGGAAAUGUAAUAGAUCGGGCACAGAAAAAGAAAAAUGUUCCACAGUCAAAAUCAAUUGUCUCCCCUGUUAAAUAUAUAUUGGCAGUUACGGGUAUAACUGGAGGAAAACCAGGGCAACAGAAAAGAAACUGUUUCCAUCCUGGUGCAUCUGGUUUAAGCAGAGAUGCAAUUGGAUUCAAAGAACAAUCAUCAGUUACUUCUACAGAUAUGCUUAAGGCAAUGCUCAAACACAUCUGGCCAGAAGAUGAUCCAGAAAUUAAAAAAAGAGUUAAGAUAGCAGUUGGAUUAUUGAUUGCUUCAAAAGUCUUAAAUGUAAGUGUUCCUUUUAUUUUUAAAUAUGCUGUGGAUAUUUUGAACAAGCAUAGCAUUGAAAGUACUGGUGAAGCUAUGUUGACUAUAGGAAGUGCACCUGAAACUAUUACUACAAUUGCAACUUCAUUACUCAUAGGAUAUGGGAUUGCUCGCGCUGGUGCAGCUGGUUGUAGUGAAUUGAGAAAUGCAGUAUUUGCAAAAGUUGCACAACAUUCAAUUAGAAAAAUAGCUAAGAAUGUUUUUUUACAUAUGCAUAAUCUUGAUUUAGCAUUUCAUUUAUCUAGACAAACUGGAGCACUGUCCAAGGUAAUAGAUAGAGGAAGUCGUGGUAUUAAUUUUGUUCUAUCAGCCAUGGUAUUUAAUGUUGUACCUACAAUUUUUGAAUUAGCUUUAGUUAGUACUAUUUUGGGUAUAAAAUGUGGGGCUGAAUAUGCAAAUUUAGCACUUAUUUGCGUUGGCGUUUACACUGCCUUUACAUUAGCAGUUACUCAAUGGAGAACUAAAUUUAGAGUAUAUAUGAAUCAAGCAGAAAAUGAAGCAGGAAAUAAAGCAAUAGAUUCACUCAUUAAUUAUGAAACAGUAAAGUAUUUCAAUAAUGAAAAAUUCGAAGCUGAAAGAUAUGAUCAAUCAUUACAAAACUAUGAAGCAGCUUCGUUAAAAACGAAUACAAGUUUAGCUAUGCUAAAUUUUGGACAAAAUGCUAUCUUUAGUACUGCUUUAAGUCUUAUAAUGAUAUUAGCAACAAAGAAUAUUAUGAAUGGAACCAUGACUGUUGGAGAUUUAGUACUGGUUAAUGGCUUAUUAUUUCAAUUAUCAAUACCUUUGGGAUUUUUAGGUUCUGUUUAUAGAGAAGUAAGACAAGCUUUUAUUGAUAUGCAGACAAUGUUCACUUUGAUGACAAUGGAUACUAAUAUUAAGACAAAAGAAAAUGCUGUAAGGUUGAAUAUUGCACAGAACAACUCUGAUAUUGAAUUCAAAAAUAUUAAUUUUCAAUAUGUGCAAGGCAAGCCCAUUUUUGAAGAUAUAUCUUUUCAUAUUCCAAGUGGGAAAAAAAUUGCUAUUGUAGGAGGAUCUGGUUGUGGUAAGACCACGAUAGUAAGACUACUUUAUCGAUUUUUUGAACCUCAAAAUGGAAUUGUUCUGGUUAAUGGACAAAAUAUUCAAGAUGUUGACAUAAAUGAUCUUAGAAGAUCUAUAGCUAUAGUACCUCAGGAUUCAGUACUUUUCCAUGAAACAAUUUUCUAUAACCUUCAUUAUGGUAAUUUACGCAAGUCAAAGGAAGAAGUUUAUGAAGCUGCUAAAAUGGCAAAUCUACAUGAUUCAAUUUUAAAAUGGCCACUAGGAUAUGAAACUCCUGUUGGAGAACGUGGUCUAAAAUUGAGCGGAGGAGAAAAACAACGAGUGGCAAUUGCUAGAGCAAUCUUAAAAGACAGUCCUAUAUUAAUUUUUGAUGAAGCUACUUCUUCAUUAGAUUCUAUUACAGAAAAUAAAAUAUUAGAAGCAUUACGUAGAGCAACAAAAGGACGUACAUCAAUUGUGAUUGCACAUCGUUUAUCCACUGUCAUAGACUCAGAUGAAAUUUUCGUGUUAGAUAAAGGCAAAUUAGUGGAAAAUGGAACACAUUCUUCUCUGUUAUCGAUGCAGAAUUCUCUAUAUAAUAAAUUAUGGGAAACACAACAUAUUGGUAUGCAAACUUAUUUGGAUGAAACACAUGAACGUAUUAGAACUGGCGGGAGCAAUUAAUUAAAAACAUGCAGUGAAUAUAAUGUAAAAAAUAUCAAAUGUUUUGAAAAAAUGAAAAUAUUUUUUCUUUCAUUUAACAUACAAAUGUUAAAUUAUUAAUUAUGUACCUUAAUGCUGUUAAGAAGACCUCUAUUUGUUUUAUUCAGUGAAACAUGUGUAUUAAGUGUACAUACUGACAACAAAAAUAAUGUAAAUACUAUGUAGUAUUGGCUGUGGAAUAAAAAAAUGAUUUAUUUUA